AAACAAGAAUAUAUUUAAUAUAUAAUUUUUUUACUGUCCUGUUUGACAAUAACCAACAACUACAGCAACAUGAAUUUAUACAUCACCACCAUCUGCAUCCUGCUGCUGUCAGCUGGUGCAUUUGCCGAUCCCAUUAAGGAUAAUAAUGUCGUCGCAGCGAAUAGUGGAUUUAAUAAGUGCUUGGAAGCUGAUUCAAUCUCGUGCCUGCAAUUAACGCUCUUCCGUAAAGCGAAAUCCUUCUUCGAAAACCCACAAAUCGAGAUCAUUGGCGGCGUUUCCCUCAUCAAAUCCAACGAGGGACGUCAAGGUAAAUCGCUCGAUGAUAAUGCCGUCGCCGUGGAGGCCGCACCCAGCGUUGAAGCACGCACCAGCGAAAUGGGUACCUACCUGAUGACACACGCCAAAAACUUCUUCGCCGAACGUUCGUUGAACUUCAAUUUCGCCAAUGCCGCACGCUCAAUGGCACGUGCCAUUCCCGAUGACAUCAAGGCCGAUUUGCGUGAGUUGGUGGUUGAGUCGCGUACCAAGAAGAAGAAGCUGUUGAAAAAAUUCUUGCCCAUCUUGUUGGGUGUUGGUGCUAAAAUCGCUAUUUUGGGUGUUGGUGCUAUCUUUGGACUGCUCUUCUUGGCCAAGAAGGCGCUCGUCGUCUCCGUCAUUGCCUUCUUCUUGGCCUUGGCUGCUGGUGCUUCGAGCGGUUUGAGCCGUUUGGGCGGCGGUGGUGGCGGCGGCGGCGGUCUGCUCGGCGGUCUCGGUGGCCUGUUCGGCGGCAAGAACUCCGGUGGUUCCAGUGGCGCCAGCUCUGGUGGUUGGUCAUCGGGUGGCGGUAGCGGUGGUUGGUCGUCCGGCGGCAACUCUGGCUGGGAUUCACAUGGUGCCUACAGUUCACCAGUUGCGCAAACAAUCGCCUACUCUGGCUACAAGCCAGCCCGACGAUAAGCACAUCGCGUGGAAGUUGAAGCGUGCAACGGCCUAAAAGCCUUUCUGCGCUGAAAAGCCAAAACAACACUUAGGGUAAUGUAAACAAACAAACUACAGCAUGUAAACUAAACAGGAACGAGAUAAAACAUACAUAAACACAAAUACUAACUCAUGUACUCACGUGAGUAAGCUGUCAACGAAGUGAAGAUAGCUACGAGAACAAAAAAUCAACAAAUAAUGGAUGUGGCAGCGCGUUGCCGCAUGCAGCGGUAGACGAACUGCAACGAAUUCAUGCAAAAAAAGUGUAUUUAUUAUUAAUUUAUUUUAAUUUAUUUAUUAUCGCAAAUAUUUAUUUUGUAAUGUAUGUAAUGAAAUGUAAAACGACGCAAAAGGACGAAAACGACGAUUGGAUUAAUGUAAACAUAAACAACAACACAAAAAUUUAAACCAAACAACGAUUCUUCAAGUGCCUGAGGCAGUAAGGAGUUGGCCGGGAAGCGAGUAUCGGGUAGGAAACACAAAUACAUACACAUACGUGUAUGACUACAUUUGCGUGCCGCCUCAGCUCGCUUCGUUCUUCAUCAUAGACCAAGGACAGUAAAACUUGUUUUUUUUGUUUGUACUUUAUCUACUUUCAUGAUUUAAUUUAAAUAUUUUAAGUGCAAUUUUGUCAUGUAUUUAUAUGCAUACAGUCACACACACACAUACAUCAUUAUCGUACUUUUUGUUAUUACUGUAAAUGAUGUUGAACAAGCAUUUAUUUAAGUUAACUUUAGUAUAUGUAUGUUGUUGUUAUUAUUGUUGCUGGUGUUAUUGUUGUUAUUGUUAUGCAAUACACGCGUCUCGCCAAGGUCACCACGAGGAGGCUAUUCACACACACACACCCAUACAAACACACACACACAAUCGCAUGUGCGCAAGAUGUUUUGCAUGUGUUAACUAUGUUAGUUAUGCUUGGAUGUGUAGGUGUGCGUUAACGUGGCAACAACGAGAGGAGCGAUGACAACGUUCAGACAAUAUGUCCCAUGUCACAUGUCAUAAGUCAUUUUCAUUUGCUACAUCAACAUGCACACACGUACGCAUAUAAAUUCAUUUUAUUUCGCACUUAAAGCCACAAAUCGCAAAUGAACAUCAGGCAUGCAACUACUAGUCAGCUGAUUGUGCUACAAAAUGCAAAGAAAAGCUAAAAGAAAUUAAAUCAUCACUAUCAAUUACAACUACUACUACUCUUUCUUUUAACUACUAGUAAUUUCUACUACUAUUUGAUGCAACUACUUUCUAC